CUUCAGACAGAACCGGGAAGUGUGAACACGGAAUUAUAAGUAAAAUUUAAACUUUACUUUCUGGCUAGAUAUAGUGUUUGUUGAUCAAAGACACUAAAAAGAACAGUGGUAUGACUUCGGGCACACCGUCGGCGCUUUACUGACUAUCCGUUUAGUUUUAACUUUGUAGUUAUGCUUAUAUGUUUAUUAUCCUGCUGACCGGAUAGGCUGGUCGGCACAUGACAGUUGCUUUGUACCUUUUAAUUACGGCAUUAUAUGUGUUCGUCUGAUUGUUAAUCGCUAAAAGCUCGAAUCAGAUUUAGGGAGAUUCCGUUUUUGAAGGGUUGUAAAAAGGCAUGUCUAGCUGUCUCUAACUUAAAACUGAUUGGUUAGUGUCGAGAGGCGUAGCGAUGCGUGUAACUGCCUGAAUUGCUCUCUUGUGAUGGGAAACUCUUGUGUGGCAAAAACAAGGACAUUUAAACGCUAUGCUGUAAAUGUGGAAAGCAUUAAAUGGUCUGUUGAAAUUCGUGUUCAAACCAGAGAAGUUUCAUGAUAUUUAAUUUCAUCGAAGUGUUUCCCUAUUUCACAUAGCUCACCAGCUACAUCUACUAUAGCCUACUUUUUUCCAUACAUACCAUCAAAGGAAAAAAAAUGAGUGAGAAUGCCGAUUUAAUUGAUGGUAAAAUUGGCGAUACCAAAAAUUUUGUUGAUCAGGAAAAAAUAAAUAUAAUAAAACCUGGUGACCCCGACGUAGAGUGCCAGAGUAACUUAAAUAGGGGCGAGGGCGUUGAACCCAUCACCCAUUUGUACAAGCGGCGAUGGUUUAUGGUCUGUUUAUUCAGCUCUUAUUCUCUAUGUAACGCGUUCCAAUGGAUUCAGUACGGAAUUAUCAGCAAUAUAUUUAUGAAGUUCUACAGUGUCGACGCUUUCACCAUAGACUGGAUGUCCAUGAUCUAUAUGCUGACAUACAUCCCCUUCAUAUUUCCCAUCACCUGGCUUCUGGACAAGAAGGGGUUGCGGGUAAUUGCGCUCGUGGCGACCGCUAUGAAUUGCGUCGGGACUUGGAUCAAGGUUGCUAGCGUCAGACCGGACUUGUUUGGGGUGACAAUGCUGGGACAGUUCGCCUGUGCUUUGGCGCAGGUCUUCAUCCUUGGAAUGCCGUCCCGAAUCGCCUCUGUGUGGUUCGGGUCAGAGGAGGUCUCUACAGCCUGCUCGAUUGGAGUCUUUGGAAACCAGUUAGGCAUAGCCAUUGGGUUCCUGGUCCCCCCCAUCCUGGUGCCAAAUGUGGAAGACAUGGACGAGCUGGCCCACCACAUCAGUGUCAUGUUCUACAUGACGGCCGGAGUGGCUACCCUGCUCUUCAUCCUGGUGGCCCUCACGUUCCAGGAGAGGCCGGACAUCCCGCCCACCCAGGCCCAGGUGGUGGCGCGUAGCAUCCCCCCAGACCAGUACUCCUACAUGGACUCCAUCCUCCGCCUGCUCCGCAACCGGCCCUUCGUCCUCCUCAUCCUCACCUACGGCCUGAAUGUUGGCUGCUUCUAUGCUGUGGGCACGCUGCUGAACAGAAUGAUCAUAGAGCACUACCCUGGUGAAGAGGUGAAUGCUGGAAGAAUUGGCCUCACCAUCGUAAUCGCUGGAAUGGUGGGCUCCCUCAUCUGUGGGAUCUGGCUGGACAGGACCAAGACCUACAAGCAGACCACCCUGGCCAUCUACCUCAUGUCGCUGGUGGGGAUGCUGGUGUACGCGUUUACCCUUGACCUCGGCCACCUCUGGGUGGUUUUCAUCACCGGUGGGGCACUGGGGUUCUUUAUGACGGGAUACCUGCCCUUGGGGUUUGAGUUUGCGGUGGAGCUGACGUACCCUGAGUCUGAGGGUACCUCCUCAGGGCUGCUCAACUGCUCGGCGCAGGUGUUUGGGAUCAUAUUCACCAUCUCCCAGGGAAAGGUGAUCGACACCUUCGGCACGCUGGCUGGGAACAUCUUCCUCUGCAUCUUCCUCUUCAUCGGGAGCAUCAUGACAGGUUUUAUCAAGUCUGACCUUAGGAGGCAAAAGGCAAACCAGUCUGCCAAGGAGGGUGGGCCAGUGGAUCACCUGGAGGGGGUUGUACCGUCGCCCGCAGUCCUGAAGGAGACCAAGAUGUAGGGAUGAACAUCUCGCUGGAAGGAAAUGCGGACGCAGUUACUCCCUCCCGAAAACACACACACACAUAGAGACAAAGGAGACACACUUUCUGCUAGCAGCAGAUUAUGUUUGACUCAACAUUUUACUUCUCCAGUUUUUAACAGCUAUUUCUCCCUGAGAUGAUAAAGUCUGGAUCUAAUGUGAUUUAAAUGUAAACACAUUUUUAGUAGUCAUUGAGGGCCCUACUUUGACAAACAAAUGCAAUGACUAAGCUAGCACAACACAGUUUGGUGGCAGGGAAAUCUAAAAUUUGGUAACUUGAUAGUGCUAGACUUACAGUUGCAAGAAUAAGUAUGUGAACCCUUUGGGAUUACUUGGAUUUCUGCAUAAAUUGGUCAUAAAAUAUGUUCUGAUCUUCAUCUA